AUGAAUACAAAUGAACUUCAAGAAGGUUAUAGUUCGGAUUCAUCAAACGAUCCUGAUUAUGUUCUCAAUGAUAGCGAAGAUGAAACCGAAGGUGUAGAAGUAGCACAAGGCGAAAAGGACCUUGAUGAUGAUGAAACAAAUUUGAUGACUCGUAGUAAACGCAAAAAAAUAGAAGCGGAUAUCGAAACUUAUAAUAAUAUUAAGAAACAAAAGUUUGAAGAAAAAAUCGCCAAAGAAUCAAAUACAAUUGAUGAAGAACGUAAAAAUAAGAUCGAUGCUUUAUGGGCUGAAUUGAACGCAGAUGAUGAUGAAUAUCCUCCUAUACCAUCAAAGCCCAAUAAUAAUUUGAUGGAUAAUAAAACUCUUUCAAAUGACAACCCUGUGGAAAAAAAUUAUACGGAGAAACGAAAGUUUCCUUUAACCAAUUUAACUAAAGUUCCGAAACCAACAAAGAUGAUUACCAUAACAAAAACUUAUAAAUUUGCUGGUGAUAUUAUAUCAGAACAUAAACAAGUUCCUGAAGAUUCAGAAGAAGCACAAGAAUUUCUAGAAGAACAAGAGACAUCAGAAACCAACAACGGACAAUCAAGUUCUAUUUUACAAACGUCACAAACUACUGUCAAAUCACCAUCAAAUUUUCAAAAAAUGAAAUCACCUUUAAAUUUAGCUAUUUCGAAGAGUGGUACUGGUGGUAACGUUGAUAAAUUUAUCAAAUCUAAAGUAAGUCUUGAACAACUCGCUUCUUCACUUAAAAAGAAACCAACAAAAUUAAAUACUUUGGAGAAAUCAAAAAUGGAUUGGAAAAAAUACGUUGAACAAGAACAAAUUGUUGAUGAAUUAAAAUACCAUAAUAAGAACGGGUAUAUAGAAAAGCAGGAAUUCUUGCAUCGUACAUACGAAAGGCAGGAAUCUGAAAUUAGAUCAUUGAGAAAAGAUACAAUGAAAUAA